AUGUUCGAAGUCUACGUGGACAGGCCUCCGGCCACACCAGCGCCCCCUACGCCCGCGUCUAACUUGGUGAAAACCAAGCUCACGAUCAGCAAGCAGCAGCUCGGCGAUGAGGAGGUCACACUUGCUCCUCGACUUAGCUUCGCGUCCUUCGCCGGACUCAAGGCCCAGAUCGAGGACUUGGUGCGGUCGCUGGCAGGGUUCGAGGAGGGAAGGUGGUGCCUGCUUUCGGUGCAGUUCUGCGACGAUGAUUUCGACCUCGUUGAGCUUUUGCCGUCGACGUUUGAUCCCAGAGACUUCGAGAACGUUCAAGACAAGGUCUACCUCCGGGUUACGGUAGGCAACAAGUCCACCGGGGCCACCGCCGUAGCCCGGCAGCACCUUUCGGCCCCGCUCCCUCCCUCUGCAGUCCACGGAAAGAAGGCAGGGCCGGUUGCGGGUAGAGUGACGGGACCACCGCCGCGGCGUGCGCUGGCACGUCGAGACGAAAACGUCCUCCGCGCUGCUGGUGGUGGUGGUGGUGCUGCUGCUGCCUCAGCACUAGGCGGGCGAGAAGGCUCCGCACGGAAGAAGCCGGCACUACCCGCUGCUGUAGCAGUAGCGACCCCGAGGGCGGCGGCGGCGGCAGGAGGAGUUGCCGUCAGAGCAGCGCGGCCGCCCCCGCCGACAACCUCGCAGAAGGCCAAGAGAACGACGCCGGCGACGCCACGCCAGCAGCACCAGCAGCAGUGCUCGCUUCACCCCGCGUCGGCGAAGGUUGCUACCCGGGGAGUGGGGCGCGAUCCCGCGUACGUGUUCAAGGCGGGAAGACUCGGCAACAGCAGCACCACGGGCGAUGACCCCCGCAACAGGGAAGGUCGCGACGGUGCGAGGGGGAGCCCGUCCAAGCCGCCGCUGCCCAGCGGCAGGGGGCGGAGUAGGCCCACCGCCGUAGCAGCGGCGGCGGGCGGUGCAAAGAGGCCCGGCUGGAACAGCGGGAAUGAGCCAGCGUGGGAAGAGGCGGAGCGAAAGAAAGCGGCCAUGCGAAAAGCGGCGAGAGCGCGCAUCCUCGGUAAGAGGGCCGCGGCCGCCGCGCAGCAGGUCAGGGGAGGGGGGAAAGGGGAUGGAGGAGGUGGGGGAGGAGGCCGGAGGGUGUUCAGGCGGGCGAGGCGUGAUUGCCUUGUGAUGGACGCACGGCGGAAGAGACUCGGCGCGUAUCUAUUCUGUGAUCCGAUCGGGGCACCGCCGCCCUCCCUCGGCAAGCGCCGGCUGGAGGCCUACCGAGAGCUCGGGCGGGCUGCCGCGGCGAAGAUGAAGUACGUGCCCAUCGCCGACGGCGACCCUUCCCCGAAGAGGGGGCGCGGAGAGGGGGGUGGAGGCGGAGGAGGAGGGGUGGGCUUCGUGGUUUUUCCUCGCGGGGACGCGGCGGUGAUGCCCGCGAGUUUACCCGCGGCCACAGCCAGCAGCAGUGACGGCACGCCUGGCGCGACCCAAAAGACGGUCACCGACAAGAGAAUCGUGAUCGUCGCUUCCAACACCAACACCUCGUUCUCCACCACUCCCGCCAGAAAGAGCGCCGCCGCCACCGGCGCCGCCGCGAGGUCGCCAUACGCGGCGGCCCCCGUUCCGUCGGCUCUCCGCCCCCCGACGUCACGGCCAGGCGACAUCGGCUUCUUCCGAGGGGGUCAAGGAGCGGCCGCCCUGACUGCUGCCGCGGCGGCGAAAGUACGGGUCCGCGCCGCUAGCAGCAGUGGUAGCAGCAGGGCCAGUGUUCGAGGGAGUGCGCGACAGCGGCGGGGCGGGGCGGUGGCAGCGUACAAGGAAGCGGCCGGGUUGAGGGGUAAGAAGGAGGAUGCCUCGGCGGCAGCGGCGAUCAUGGCAAAGCUUAAGGGAGGCGGCGGUGGCCGUGGGAAGGGACAAGGGGGAGGCGGCGGCGGCGGCGGGUCUGCUGCUGGUGGGGGUGGUGGGGAUGUUGAAAGCCUGCAGGAACAGGUGGCGUUGCUAAAAGCGGCCGCUGGUUUGUCCGACGAGGAGCUCACGUGGCGAAUGGAGACAGCGAAACCGGAGGCGAACGCGUACCGCAUCGCCGCGGCGGCGCUGGAGAGGGCGGAGACGACGUACGAACGACUGUUGUGGCGUCAGGGCCAGCUGGAGACGGCUCGGGCCAGGCUCGCCGGCAGAGGCGUCGGCGGAGACGCGGCAACGGCAGCCUUCGCGACGGCGGCUUCCAAGGUCGAGGCGGCGUCGCCGGGAGCGCUGGGUCAGGAGGACGGCGGCAGCCGCGUGCUGUCCCGCCUCAAGUCUUCCUCGGAGGGCGUCCUGGAGGUGAGAGCCGCAGCGAGAGCCAUGGCAAAGCUCGCGACGGCCGUGCUGGCUACGUUGAGGACGGGUUCGGAGGUGGACUAUGCGUCGGUCAAGGCGGAGGUCGGCGCCGAGGCGCAGAGGCUCAGGGACCUGGCGGACGGGCACGGUCGGGAACUCGCCGCUCUCUCCCGACGGGUGGAGGCGGCGGUAGGGCAGAUGGAGGCCUGGCAGCAGAGGAAGGCGGGGGCGCCGGAGUUCGCGGCGGAGGAGGCGGCGCGGGAGGAGGCCUGGAGCGAGGCGAACCGAGAGGCGGGGGCGUCGGUGGACGGUGGGAGGGGUGCUACCCGUGUGGGCGGCGUGUUCUACCCGUCGGACCUGUGCGUCCGUCUCAAGGAGUGCCGGCCCCUGCACUGGCUGGUUAGCGCCCCGGAGGACAUCGCCGGCGCCAACUUCCUGGCCGGGGAGGGGGCCGCGGCGUUCACCCAGCUGGAAGGGAUGGACCUGACGGAGAUGCGGGCGGUGUGGAGCGUCCUGCCCCGAGAGUUCCUGAGGGACGGCGACGGCAAGAAGGCGGAGUGGCGGGCCAGGUUCAGGGUCCAGCUUGAGGGGCUGGCUCGGCAGCAGGAUGGGGCCAUCGUGACCGCCGGGUGGGACCCCGUGCGCCGGCGACGGGCAACCGCCCGCAUGCCCCCUCUCCCGGCGCACCGAGCUCGCAACCCGGCCUACUUCUACCCCUCGGUGGAGGCAAUGGCGUCUCGCGUGGCCCGGCUGCGGGAGCAGCGCCGGCGGCUGGACGCCCGCAAGCGGCGGCUGUCGGAGCUGGAGGCGGAGCUCGGCGAGGCCAAGGCCGAGGUGGACUCGGCCUGCGCGGACGCGAGGUCCGGCGAGCUCCGCGAGCGGUACGGGGCGGACACCCUCCGGGGGGCCCGCGAGGCCGCGAAGGAGGCGCACUCGGUCCUCGUGCGGGAGAAGAGGCGCCUCCUGGCGAGCGUGGCGGAGGCCGAGAAGAUGCUCUCUUCGGCGUAUCCACCCCUGACCCAGCUGGAGGCGGAGGCGGAGUCGAUUGCCGGGAUUCUUGACCGCGCUGCGACCGCCGACGCCGACAACAACGAAAAAACGCCCUCGAAGGGUGGCGAGAUUGCGGCCACGAUUCCCGACUCCACCUCCGCCUCCGCUCCGAUUGACCGGCCAGGCGUUGCCGCGACAGCGACGGUGGGAGCCGUCCGGGUGCCGGGAGCCUUCAGCGCGGAGCCCGAGCUCCGUCGAAGGGCCGUCGCGGCCGCGAGGAAGCUCACUCCGGAGGAAGAGCGUCGCCUCAGGACCGGCGAGGUCCAGCGCGCGGUGUCGGCCAGGGACGUUGCCGGAGGCGUGGGCGGCGGGCAGGCAACGACAUCCGGAGCCGCUGCCGCCGUCGCAGAACCAUCACCGGCCACCGGAGGCGGCGGCGUUGCCGGGACAGGAGCUGGAGAGUCUGCGGAGGCCAGGCCGAAGGGAAAAGGGUCAGCGGCACCAGGACCGUUCGCUGUGGCGGCGGCGGCGGCGGCGGGGCCGGAAUGUCCGUCUGCUGAAACCUCUUCGGCGGGGGCGGGGGCGGCGGCAGUGGCAGUGCCGGUCGCUCCAUCUGCGAAGCCGAUGUCGAAGACCCUGGCAGCCCUGCUCGCACGGAGGGCUGACAGACCACCGCCGUCCGGCCCUGCCGGGGGCGGCGGCUGCGACGGCGACGAAAACGAGGCGCGCAAGAAGGCGACCUCUCCACCGCUUGGGUUCUUGGGCGAGCUGAAGGCGAGGGCGGCGGCGGCGGCGGCGAAGGGCGCGGGGGCGGGCCCUGAGCGGGAGGGGAAGGCAGCCUUGCCUACGGGAGGCUCUUUCUUGGACGAGCUGAAGGCCAGGACGGCAAGGAUUUCCUGA